AUGCUAACACAUCCACAAAUCUCCGAUGGUUCGCGUCCAUUUAAUCUUGAUCAGGUAAUCAAGGCAGCUGCUGCAGCAGCCGUGGCUGCCUCCAACUCAACUGAGGCUUCUCAUGCUCCUGUAUCUUCACCUCUCCCGCCUACCCGUUGCAGCAUUUCCACGAUUCAGGUACCCAUGCUGAACAACCACCUUGUCGAACAACCGCCUCAAUUGCCCCUUGGUUUCCCUCCCGAAGUAGCUUUAUUUCAAAAGCCUCCUACAGAAGCUGCAGCAAUUAUCUCGGCACUUCUCAACUCCAAUGCCCGUGCCUUACCUACUCCUGUCCCUCCCCGUCUGGAUACUUUUGGACCCCUUUUAAGCCUAUCAAUACGUCAGGCCAUUGCUGACUGUCUCUCCAAUGUUAGUAAAUCAGGCCUGAAUAUCCGAGGAAGCCUCACCAUCUCGACGCCAGAUCAAAACUCGUUAACUGUCAGUUUCACCGACGGUGCAGCUCAACCCGUGCAGAAAGCCAACUCUACUGCAACACCUUCCAAAAGGAAGGCGUACCAACCAGUCAAGCACUUCAACUCGACUCCAUCCCCUACCGCUUCCUCGUGCUCACCCACUGUGAAUACUCAACAUCUGUCCGGGUCCACCAGUCCCUCGACAACAGACUCUGGUGCGCUCGAUCUCUCAAGAGCGGGAUCCUUUGCAGGUUCUGCUCCCAUCACUCCAAUGAAGGCCGAAGCUUUGUCUGUGCCGCAGAAUGUGUCAUUUACGCCAUUUCCCCUAGUACCAUCACGGUCAAACAUCUUUGAAUUGUACCAGAGACAGUUUCCAAUGCUCGACUCUGCUCCCACUAUGCUGGCUUUCACACACUUCCACGGUGAUCAGGCUGCUGCAAGCCCAGCGAAACGUCGACGCGUCUGCCCCUCUACGGUUCGGCGAUCAAAUGCGUCGAGGCGGUUCCCAUGCAACCAAUGCAAGGAGGAGUUCGGGUCCCUUCACAGUCUUGAGGACCACACUGCUGCAGUGCACGGGGGCCACCGUUGCCACAUAUGUCAGGCACAAUUUACUCAGCGUUCCAAUCUACAGCGUCAUGCACUCAAGCAUGUAGGAUUUAAGCCAUUUGAAUGUAAGGUGUGUGCAAAGUCCUACUACCGGAAGGACCAUCUGAUGAGACACAUGGAAAUGGGUCACCCUGGCUUUUCACCGCGAGACAACAUCAUUGUCCAUCUCACUUCCUCAGAGAGCCUUGACUUCCUCACUCGAAAUUCAAUCGAAGGGAACAUUACGGGGCAGCUGGAGGAGGGCAUUAAAAACGAGCAAGACACUACCGUGAAACUGGAGGCUGAUGAUGAAGACCAUGUAGAGGUUGCCUUGAACGAGACUUGUCCUGUGAAGAAAGAAGAGACCAGCACCUCCCCUGAGUCUUCUUCCACUAUCGUGGAGGACACUUCUAGCCCAAUGGACCAAGAACCGUCAAUGGAGGCUGAACAGAAGCCUCUUGCAGCUGCGUAG